AUGGCCCCCACCCUGAACAUCACCCACAUCGGCACCGCCACCGCCAUCCUCGAGAUCAAUGGGGUCAACUUCCUCACCGACCCGUUCUUCUCGCCUGCCGGCACAGAGUUCCCAUCCGGCCACAUCGUGCUCCGCGUCGAAGACGACCCCGCGCUGCGCCUGGACCAGCUGCCCGUCAUCGACGCCGUCCUCCUCAGCCACGAAGACCACGCUGACAACCUCGACCCGCCGGGCCGCCAGCUCCUCGACGCGCGCCCGGUCUUCACGACCGUCGACGGCGCGCGCAACCUCGCCCCGCGGCCCGCCGUGCACGGCAUGAAGCCCUGGUCAACCAUCACCACGCGCAUCGCCGGCCAACAGUUCACCAUCAUCGCCACGCCGACGCAGCACGUCCCCGGCGCCGAAUGCACGGGGUUCCUCGUCACGGCCGAAAGCUUCGGCCGGGGCCGCGACAACCUGCCCAACGCCAUCUACUUCACCGGCGACACGGUCUACAUCCCGGAGCUCGAGCAGAUCGCGGCCCGGUACCACGUCUGCGCCGCGGUGAUGAACCUGGGCAACGCGCACGUGUCGAUGCCGGAGGACCCCGAGGGCCCCAAGCUGCAGAUCACGAUGGGUGGCAAGGAUGGCGCGCGGCUGUUCCGCGCGCUGCGGGCCGACGUGCUGGUGCCGAUGCACUACGAGUCGUGGGGCCAUUUCACGCAGUUCUGGAAGGAGCUGCGAGAGGUGUUUGAGGCGGAGGGGAUCAGUGAGAAGGUGCGCUGGUUGCGGGGCGGGGAGAAGGUGGCGGUGCUGUAG